AUGGGAAGGCCUCCUUGUUGUGAGAAAGUUGGUAUCAAGAAAGGUCCAUGGACACCUGAAGAAGACAUCAUCCUUGUCUCUUACAUCCAGGAACAUGGCCCUGGAAACUGGCGUUCAGUACCUAUAAACACCGGUUUGUUGAGGUGUAGCAAAAGCUGCCGGCUUAGAUGGACUAAUUACCUGAGACCUGGAAUCAAAAGGGGAAAUUUCACUCCACAUGAAGAAGGAAUGAUAAUCCAUCUCCAAGCUUUAUUGGGCAACAAAUGGGCAGCUAUAGCUUCAUAUCUUCCACAAAGAACAGAUAAUGAUAUCAAGAAUUACUGGAACACCCACCUGAAGAAGAAGAUAAGCAAGUUUCACUCAACUUUGGAUCCCCAAACGGCAUCUAAUUCAACCAUUUUUCAGUUUACGUCCAAGAAUUACGCGGAUAAUUCUUCAGUAUAUGCCUCAAAUGCAGAAAAUAUAUCAAGACUCCUAGAAGAAUGGACGGGAUCAUCUUCAAAAACUAUCACUGCCCCUAAUGGAAAUCGCGAAGAAUUGCCAUGCAUUAUCAGCACGAAAAAUAGUCGAACUGAAUGUAGUUCUUCUACUACACCAUCAUUUCAAUGUUAUAGACCACAGGUUGAUCAGGAAGGCAAAAAUAUGAUCCCUACUGAUGAAUUUGAAUCUAUAUUGUCAUUCAAUAAUCUAAAUGCCACGGCCUGGAAAAAUUUGUCCUGCUAUUCGAGUCAAAGAGGUUCUGAAAUCAGUGACACUGAUCAGAAUACCAAAGCCGAAAACAAUCCUCCAUUGUCAUUUCUUGAGACAUGGCUGCUGGAUGAAGCUACAGGUCAAGAAGUGAUGGAACUGCCACAAAUAUUCUAG